CACUUCAAAAGCCCCUCCUCAACUUCCCGAACUCUCUCCUCUCUCAACAACAUGUAAAGUAUGUGGUCGAUAUACCUCUUCAUUAAUCAUCUCCAUUACUGUUGUCUAAAACACCAAUUAUACACAAAUUAUUAUGCCUAACAUCUUCUCUUUCUCUUUCACUUUCCCAUCACAACAAAAUAUUUUCUCCUCAACCAAACACCAAACAAAACGCCACGAACAACAAAACAACAUCAUAUCAUUCUCCCAUGUUGAAUGAUCAAACUUACAAUAGACCAAGCACCAGCUAUGAAGCACUACUCCUCCGAAACGACAACCACCCGGAUGAAGAAAACGACGACAACAACCACGACGACGACGACGAAGAGCAGUUCCGAGACAUCCACGCUCUAACUCCACCCCAACCGGCGCCGGAGACGGCGAACCGGGGCCGCCCGAGAGAGGCCUGGGAGACGAGCAGCCACAGAUCGUUGUCGAUUUCCAUGGCGAGCGACGCCGCCCUCAGCGAAAACUUCACCUCCAUGAGCCGGGAGUUCAGCGCCCUCGUCCUCGCCGGCUCCGCCAUCGGCACAAACGACAACGACAGCGGCAGCAGCAACAACAACAACCACCAUACGGCGUCGUCUAUCAUGAAUAAUGCUAACAAUAUUGGCGGGAACAUGAACUUGGGGAGGAUCGGAGAGGACGACGCACCGGAGGAGGAGACGAAUCCGUUGGCGAUCGUGCCGGAUAAUAGCAUGCUGCAGGGCCCCGCAGCGGAAUCGCCGAGAAGGCGGGCCGGGGCGAUGUUGACGUCGACGUCGUCUUCUUCGGCGGUGGUUAGCAGCGGAGAUCAGAUGGCGGCGUCGUUGCAGAGAGUGAAGAAGGAGGAGGUGGAGUCCAAGAUAUCAGCAUGGCAGAACGCGAAGGUUUCGAAAGUAAAUAAUAGGUUUAAGAGGGAAGAUGCCAUCAUCAGUGGGUGGGAGAGCGAGCAAGUUCAGAAGGCUACUUCUUGGAUGAAGAAAGUUGAGAGGAAGCUGGAGGAGAAAAGAGCUAGAGCACUAGAAAAGAUGCAAAAUGACAUUGCAAAAGUACAUCGAAAAGCCGAGGAAAGAAGGGCAUCGGCCGAGGCCAAGAGAGGAACAAAAGUUGCUAGGGUUCUUGAAAUAGCCAGCUUGAUGAGAGCUGUUGGAAGAGCCCCUGUCAAACGCUCCUUUUUUUAAGGCUUAUAACUAAUAGACUAUUAGUGGUAUACUUGUAUCUUGCUCAUAUAUAUUACAUGCCCAAAAAAAAAAAAAAAAAAAAAAAAAAAAAAAAAAAAAAAACAAUUUA